AUGGACGUCCAUCUUCUUGUCUACGACCUAUCAAAUGGUCUAGCUAAGCAGUUAUCCCUCGGACUACUAGGCUUUCAGCUUGAUGCCGUUUAUCAUACUUCGAUCGAAUUAGACAACAAGGAGUAUGUCUAUGAUAGUGGUAUAAAUGUGAUUCGGCCCGGAACCUCUCAUCUGGGUCAACCUUUAGAACGAAUUCAUCUUGGGAAGACGGACCUGCCUAUGGAAGUAAUUCUUGAAUAUCUCGAUUCGCUCAAGCAUAUAUAUACCCCCGAAGCCUAUGAUCUGUUUCGACAUAACUGCAACAAUUUCAGCAAUGAUUUCGCCAUGUUUCUAUUAGGAAAAGGGAUACCAAGCCACAUAGCGAAUAUGCCACACGCUGUUCUUGAUUCGCCAUUCGGAAGAAUGCUGCAACCUCAACUCGCGCAGAUGGUUGAGCAGAGAAAAGCCCAGCGAGGCGGACUCCUCGGCAUCCAAGACAAUAUUCAACCGCAUACAAAUGGUGCUGCAAACGGUGCUGCAAACGGCGCCGGUUCAUCAGCUCAAUCUCAACGUCUAGGCGUAAUAAAUGUUACUAAUAUCCGGGAGUUCGAUGAUGUGCUAGAAAGAGCCAAGAAAUCAUGUGCCAUCGUCUUCUUUACUUCGGCAACCUGCGGUCCUUGUAAAGCACUUUACCCUCUAUACGACGGUCUAGCGGCGCAGCAUGGGAGCAAAGUCGCGGUAGUGAAAGUUGAUAUAUCUCGAGCCUUUGAUGUUGCGCAGAGAUACUCUAUUAGGGCAACACCGACGUUUAUUACAUUCGUCCAUGGUGAAGAAGGAGAACGAUGGACGGGCGCAGAUGCUACUCGACUCAAAAGUACCGUCGAACUACUGGUUCAAAUGGCGGUUCCGAGUCAUCCGCACCGAAUGCUCAGGCUGCCUCGCUUUGCGAACGCCGAGUUGAAACCAGUACUAUACGAGAAGGUCCCACCGCUCUCUAAGUUAUUGUCCAAGCUAGGGUCAAAAGCCGACGACCCUUCGGUUCAGAGUGUGAAGAAUUUCAUUGAGACUCGGUCAUCCGAAGGUCCUGCAGAAGCUCCACUACCUGACUUACCCGCCUUCUCUAAAUUCCUAUGCUCUGCAGUUGAAUCUCUGCCCAAGGAAGUCUUGUUCACAGUCGUGGACCUCUUCCGCUGUGCCCUUGUGGACGAACGGUUCAGCGGAUACUUCGCAGAAGAGCAUGAUCAGAAAACAGUGGUCACUCUCCUUGAUGUUGUAAAUAAAGAGAGUGAAUGUCCUUACGCUCUAAGACUCGUUACUUUACAGAUGGCGUGCAAUCUAUUCUCAAGCCAUCUGUACGCCGAACAGAUCCUUAGACUAGAGACGCUACGAAGCCACAUCACGCGGCUCAUAUCAUCAAGCUUCUUGGACGACAGCCGCGAUAAUAUCCGAGUAGUCGCGGCGUCACUGUUAUUCAACGUGGCUAUCGCGAAUUACCAAAUGAGACAAGAGUCAGGAGACAUCCUUCCCGAGGAUGAUCAAGUAGAGCUCGCCGCGUCGGUAGUGGAAGCCAUAUCUCAAGAAGAAUCAUCUAAUGAGGCAUUACACGGCAUGUUGUUAGCACUUGGGUUCCUAGUUUAUUGCGCGCCUAUCGAAGGCGACCUCGCGAACUGCCUGAAAAUUAUGGAUGCAGAAGGAACUAUUCUUGGAAAGAAGAAAGUCUUCUCAAAAGAACCUCUCAUCACUGAGAUGCCUGUCUACGGCAUUCCAUAUCCAUAUCAGCAGCGCACUAACGACCUCAUCGACGACAUUUGUAUAACAUUAACUGGAAUGCUAGAAUCUCGUUUUAUGUCGUCGUUAAAUAUGAGAGCCAUGCAUUCGUCUGCUUCAACACCGUCUCUGCGUGCUCGAGAUGGCAUACUACCGCCCCAAAUGAGGAUGGAUGCGGGAGGUAAUGUGAGGGUCGUCGUGAGAGUCCGGGCGUUUUUGCCUAGAGAAAUCGAAAGGGGUGCCGAGUGCUUAAUUAGCAUGGAUCCUCACACCCAGAUGACCACGCUUCAUGUGCCAAACGAUCAUGACCCAGCGAAUGUCAGAGCAAAGUCACGCAAGGUGGUUGAGGAGAAGUCAUUUAUAUUUGAUAAUUCCUUUUGGAGUCAUAACCCGAGGGACAGAUAUUACGCACAUCAAGAAGAUGUAUACAACUGUCUAGGCGAGGAAUUCCUCGACCACAACUUCGAGGGUUACCAUACUUGCAUCUUUGCCUAUGGCCAAACCGGCUCCGGCAAGUCUUACACGAUGAUGGGUACGCCCGACCAACCAGGACUUAUUCCGCGGACCUGUGAAGACUUGUUCCAGCGCAUUGAAGCAGCGCAGGAGGAAACGCCCAAUAUUUCGUAUCACGUACGAGCCUCCUACUUCGAAGUGUACAAUGAGCACGUCCGCGACCUGCUUGUUCCUGUGAUACCAAACCAGCCCCCGUACUAUCUGAAGAUCCGCGAGUCGCCAACUGAGGGACCGUACGUGAAGGAUCUGACUGAGGUGCCGGUACGAAGCCUGAAUGAGAUUCUUCGGUACAUGAAGACAGGAGAUGCAAGUCGUACGACAGCGAGCACUAAGAUGAACGACACGAGUAGUCGAAGUCAUGCGGUUUUUACCAUCAUGUUAAAGCAGAUCCACCACGACAUGGAAACGGACGAGACUACGGAACGUAGCUCGCGCAUCCGGCUAGUCGAUCUAGCAGGUAGCGAGCGAGCUAAAUCUACCGAGGCGACUGGUGCUCGGCUGCGUGAGGGCAGUAACAUCAAUAAAUCCCUGACGACGCUGGGUCGGGUCAUCGCAGCGCUCGCGGACCCAAAGGCGCAACGCCCUGGCAAGCGGCACAGAGAUGUCGUGCCGUACCGUGAUUCUAUCCUAACGUGGCUACUGAAGGACUCCCUAGGAGGCAACAGUAAGACGGCGAUGAUUGCGUGUAUCGCGCCGUCUGACUACGAGGAAACGCUGUCAACGUUGCGGUACGCAGAUCAAGCGAAGAGAAUCCGUACUCGCGCCGUUGUCAACCAGGACCACAUCAGCACGGCGGAGCGAGACGCACAGAUUGCAGCCAUGGCCGAAGAAAUCCGAGUAUUGCAACUAUCUGUAUCAGACUCGCGGCGCCGCGAGAAGGACGCCAAGGAAAGUGAGGAACGUCUAGAGGAGUACCAAAACCGCGUCGCGGCCAUGCAACGCAUGAUGGAGGAGCGUAGUCUGGUGGCCGAGGGGAAGAUCCGCAGUCUUCAGACAGAGAAUGAGGCAUUGAGACUACAUCUUAAACUUGCGCUUGAUAGCCUUAAGAACCCUAUUCCAGAGGUGGUUGUUAAGAACGAAGGGGAUGGUGCGGAUAAGGAGAACGCAGAGAAGGGUCGGGCUAGUCCUGUUGACGAGGCAUAUUACGGCGAGGACGACGGAUACGGAUCGGAUGUGUAUGAGGAGAAGGCGAACGAUGUUCAGGACUACAUGCACGACCUCCUGGAGGAUUUGGCAUUGUUUAGAAGGAAAAUCGGCGAUGACAAGGGGAGGUUUUUGGACGAGGGAGCAAGACACCCGUUGGGUGUGAAGGUGAAUAUUUAG